CCACCCUUUGGGAUGAGCUUUGGGGCCAUGGGGGCCCUGCAGCUCCCCAGCGUGCUGACCCGCCUGCGGACCGACCUUCUCUGCUACCUUUGGCACGUACACUGGCUCCGCCGAGCGGGGGGCCCAGCCCUUCGGAGCCUGGACCCGGAGCUGGGGGCUUUGCAAGUGCGGCUGGACCGACUGCUCAAGAGACUGCAAAUCUUGAUGGCGCGUUUCUCUCUGCCUAAACCUCCACCCGAGGCCCCAAACCCCCCUCUGGCCCCACCGGGCUCAGCCUGGGGGGGGAUCCAGGCAGCCCACGCUGUGCUGGGGGGGUUACAUCUCACCCUGGACUGGGCGGUGAGGGGCCUGCUGCUGCUGAAAGCUCGGCUCUGACUCCCCCAAGGGGAGAGAAGCUCGGCUCGGUGUGGGGCCCAGCCCUCGGCCCGCCUCCCUUAAUACCCUUAUUAAUUUAUUUAUUUAUUGGGGGCUCAGAGCGGGGUUCCAAGGAAGCCGGGGGCUCCAGAGAGCUGGGCCUUGUGCUCUGGGCCCCCUCAGAGUAGUCCCCACCUCCCACUGCCCCUUCCCCCCCCCCCCACAGGACCUUGGACAGCAAUGCUUUCUAUUUAUAGCUAUUUAUUGGGGGGAGCUGCUGGUCUGGAUGCAGGGGGUCCUCGACGGGCCCCCGAAGGGGGGGUUCGGUGGCGGAGGGGGCCCGGCCCCCCUCCCUGCUCCCCUGUCGUUGCCCACCUCUAAGUUAUUAAAAUGGCCGCUCCUCCAGCCCCAGCCCUGACUCUGGGCCCUAUUUAUUGUAGUUCUCUCUCCUUGUGUUUUGUACAAAAGAAAUGUAAGAGAUAAAGUUGGAUCAAUAAAAGCUGAUAAUCUUCUCUCCAAGUCGAGGGGGCUCAUC